UGAUAAUGCCAUUCGUUUUCGGUCUUUGUUUCACACUUUCAAAACAAAUCUAAUUAUUAACAGAGAGUUAGAAUUCGAUCAUCAUCAUGUUAGUACCCCAACAUCAAAAGGAAUUAGGGUUAUGUUGAGUGAGUUCUAAUUGAUUUUUUUGAAAUGUUGAAGUGUGUGAUAAUUUUAUUUCGGAAAACGAAUAACAUUAAAACCAUUCGAUUUAAAAAUUUUGCAAGGUCUUUAACUUCCGACCGCGUAACUGUUUUAACGGAAGAUACCUUAACGGGACGGAUUUUGCACUAUUUAAGUAGUACAAAUAAGAUAAAAGAUCAUUUAGUCUUAUUAAAAGACAAUGCCGUUGUUGCAGAUAGUAAUAUUAAUCAGAUAAUUAAAAAUUUAAAUUCAUUUGAUCGUAGCGUAAUAAAAAAUCAAUACGAUUUUAAGACAUUGGUUAAUGCUUUUGAUAAUGAAUGUUGCAGAAAAUUUAGAAAAUUAAAUGUGAAAGAAACUUUUAACUUAUUACAUACUUUUAUGGAAGUAGUUCCAAACAAUAUUACAAAUUAUCGCUAUUUUGGGCUUGCUAUAACACAUUUAAUAAAAAAUUCUCAUACUUUGUCUUUCAAAGACAUAGUGCAAUUAAUUUUUUUUGUUGGUCUGUUAAAAAAGUCACCUCAAUCUCAAGCAAUGAUGAGAAAAUGUUUAAAAUUGUUGGAUGAUGAUGCAAUAGACCACUUGACGAAGGAAGAGUUGUGCAUAGUGUGUAAUUCUUCAUUUAAAACAUCAACUAAAAUGCAAAAUAAAUAUUUUCUGGAAAAAAUCAGGAACUUUAUAUGUGAUAAUUUAAAUUUACUGAAGGAUCCUCAAAUAUUUGUUACAUUUGUAAAAACAAUUCGGCACAACCGUGGGCAGGAGGAUGACUUUUUAGAAACAAUAAGUUGUGCGGUAAUUUUUAACAAAACUUAUUACUGUUAUUCAUUUCCUGCGGUCGGCCAUCUUCUGGCGUUAUAUUCAGAUCAUUUAUAUUAUGACGAAAAAAUUCUAAGAUUAUUUGCAAACCAAGGAAUCGAGCAGCUUAAAGGCUGUGAGUAUACUUCAAAAUAUGAAUAUUUCGAAGAACAGCCCAGAAGCAAAGAUAUUAAGAGGUUCCUGUGGGCAUUGAGCAACUUGAACUUUAAAUUAAGUAGAAAUGAUAUAGAGCGUGUGAUAAUGCCACAAAUUAUUGUUCGAGUUGAUAAUGGUGAGUUUCUUGACGAUCCUAGCAUAUUAGUGGAAAUCAUAUUGUACCUGUGGAUAAUGCAAUACAAGGCUCAUAAUCUUAUUGAUAUGGCGUUGACGAACAAUUCAGUGACAAUUAUUAGGGGCGAGAAGUCUCUAGCCAAAGAAAGAUUAAACUUGCUUUUGACCUGUAUGUAUUUUGAGGACCGAAAACUUUUCGAUUCUAUAAAAUUACGCCACGAAAGAGGUAACGAAUAUAAUAUGAAUAUACAAUUGCAAAAGAGGCCGCUACUCAACAGAGUAUUUGAUAAUUUAAAAAACGUUUACGGGAAUUCCAUUGAUAGGUUCCAAUUUGUGUGUCAAGUGCCCUACGUAAAUAUUAUUGGAAUUAGAGGAUUCAGAAAUAAGGUGUACAAAGCGGUAAAUAUAGAAGUUUUGGAUGAAUACACCUGCAUGAAAAAUAGCGACCAUUUGCCUACUGGCCUCAUGGAUUUGAAGUUGCGAAUUUUGGAUAAAUGCGAUGAAGGCUUGAUUGUUAUCAUUAAAGAAGAUAUUGAAGAAUUCUCGGACAUAGAACUGCAAGAGUUUUUACAAGAAGAACUUUCAUUUGUUUGCUGAUGCACACUAUUGAGAUGUGUGAUGCACUAUGAAAAAAGGCUGAUAUUUACUUUUAUACUAAUAACCAGUGUGAUUUUGUGGCAGCAAUACUAACCAAAACUAAUCAUUUUAUUGCGCUGUGAGUCGGACUACUAGAAAUAAGCCACAAAAAAAUUUGAGGUCAUUCCAGUGAUUGCUCAAUUUAAAAAAAAUGUGAUGAGUGUUUUUGGCAUUUUAUGAGUUGAAUUGAUCAAAAUAAUAUAUCAAAUGUGAUAUAAAAGACUAAAGCAUUAUUUUGAUACCAAAUGAUUGCCAUUUUUAACCUUAACUUUAGAAAAAUAUCUGUGAUUGUUCAAAUCAGUUAAAAUUAUAUAUUUCAUUGUAUUAUAGUCAUUGUUUAUAUCAGUAACUAUAAUUGUAAAAACUAUUAAACAAUGUGUUCAUAUUUUUUAAGGUGUCCUAUAAAUAAAACUGAAAGA